AUGCUAAGUUAUGAACAUCAAUUAAUUGGAUUUGCACUCAAUGUAAUAACAGUGAGUGAAAUAACAGUUGCGUAUUUAUUAUCAUUGAUAAUUAUUAUUAUUAUGAUUUAUAAUUUCAUUCGUAAUCGUAUAAAACGACAAGAUAAAACAAUUCUAAUUCUUUCUCUUAAUAUUUAUUUAUGCAGUUUGAUUUACAUGAGUGUCUUUUUUGUAUUAAAUAUUCUAACAAUAAUCGGUGAUAUUUAUCGAAAAGAAUUUGAUUCACCUUGGUGUAUUUUAUUGGGAUACAUAUACGCAGCUACACUUUGUGUUCUUUACAUAUCAUUUAUUAAUCAGGCUUUUUUUCGUCUUUGUCGUAUUAUCUAUUCUCAAUACAAAUAUCUUCUAUAUUCAUCGUUAUAUAUUAUAAUAUUUCCUAUUGAAGUCAUUCUUGCUUUUAUUCUAGCAUGUCCUAUUUAUAUUUUAAAUAAUAUUAUCUAUUUACCUAAUUAUCAUUUUUGUUUUGUACCUAUAAGUGAUAUUCGGGCUUAUCUUUGGAUCUUUUUUACUGUUUAUGGUAUUCCUGUUCUAUCUAUAUUAUUGAUUUAUUGGCGUAUAACUGUAUUCAUUCGAAAACAAUCUAAUCAAACAUUAAAAAUCCGACGACGACAAACUCGAGAUUUAAAAGCUAUUCGAGGAAUUCUUAUUAUUGUUAGUUUUAUGAUUCUUUUUGGACUGCCGACUUCAUUUCUUAUAGUAAUGAUGUUGAUCACAGGUGAAGAACAUCCGUUGACUUUUCGUAUAACAUGCAUUUCAAUUGGAACAUCGAUGGUAGGAUUAAAUAUAGCAAUGAUGUUUUUUGUACCUCAGUUGAAAAAUAUGGUUUGGAAAACAUUUAAAACAAAACGAGAAGUAACUGUUAACAGUAACCAAACAAGUUCGUUGCAAAUGAGAAGUGGUAGUUCUAUUGAAUGA